AUGGCCGGCGAUGAGGUAGACCUCGAUUACCACUACUUCGGUCGCUGCAUCGAAUUCAAGAGAAUCGAAGCUAGAUUCCGCCCCACCAGACGAGACCAGCUCCACCGCCUCCGAUUCAACUUUUCCCUCAAUUUCGAAACCACAAAUUGGAGUCAACCCCCAAAUUCCACAACUCUACAGAUCACAGAGCGCCUCUCGUGGAAGCUCAACCGCCACGCCACCAUCAUCGUCGGAGAAUCUCUGCCGCUCGACCGAGCAUACGCGGCCGUCGAAGCAGCCAUCGCCGGCCUCAUGGUCGACGCCGAGCGCAGCGUCUUCGUCCCCGUCGCGAUCGAAUUCGCGCUAAGAGAAGCAAGGGAGAAGAUUCCGAGCGCCGGAAAACCUGAUUACGGAACGCUGUACGUCGAUUACGAGGUGAAUUUCGAUCGGCGGCGGCAGCGGUGGACGGACGUCGUGGAGGGCGACGGCGAAGAUUAUCUAGGGCUGGUUCCGGCUGCGGAUUUGUCGUUGGAGAUGUUGGAGGGGGGGCACGAGGCGGAUGGGGAGAGCUGCUGCUCAAUCUGCUUGGAGGAGUUCGGAGGAGGCGGCGGGCGAGUUUUGAGGAUGCCGUGUUGGCAUUAUUUUCACGGCGGGUGCAUCGAGAGGUGGCUCAAGAGCAGCCAUUACUGCCCGCUUUGCCGCUUCGUCAUGCCCACCUAA